UCCACAUCGGACGUUCGUUGGAGGUAAAUUGCUUGCGAAUAAAGCAGCAUUGAUUGAGUGAAGAGUCGCUUUGUUUUUUGGAUAAUUUUAACAAGCAAGUGUAUAUUUUAGAAUCAGAGAAAGAGACAGUCAAGUCAGUGUAUAUCAAAAAAGAAAAGAUUCCAUGAUUAUAUAUUUGUGAAAAAAUAUCAACAGAAAGAGAUUGUUUAAUAAACGCAACAGAAAAUAAAAAGAAUGUUGAUAACACUUUUCCUUGAAUAAAUUACACACAUUUAAUGGUCAUUUAUGUUUCGUGAAUUUCUUUAACAAAAAAAAUAAGUUUCACAUAAGAAGUGUGAGAAAGGAACACCGAAAAGAAUCAAGAUCCAUACAAUAUAUUGCUUGCUUGCUGCUGCUGCUGGUUGUUGUUGGAUGCUGUUUCAACUGAAAAAUAGCUGCAAGGCACAUUCAUAAAUGUAUAAAUUUUAGUCAUUUACAGCAUAGAGAUAAAAAUAUCAGCAAUAAAAUAGUAGGAAAGAAAUUCUUUCGAAAAAAAAAAAUAAAAUAAAUAAAAGAAGUGAAACAAAAUUGAAGCAGCACAAAGACGAUAAAGGAGAGAUUAAGAGAAACAUAAGAGACCUAUGGAGUGCUACGGCGGUGGUAGUAUAGUUGGUGCCAUAUUUGGCACAAUCGCUGUUAUUGCCUUGUUGGGAGUGCUAGCAUGGUGGAUUUACAAAAAAUAUUUCUUAAAGCAUCAAAAAGAUACAAAACUCGUUCCAGACGACGAUCCCGAAAACGCUAAGCAUGAGUUUGCGUUCGAUAAUCUAGCUUUUAAAGGUGAUGGAAACAAAUUGAAUGCAAAUUGGACAUUGCCAAAAAAUGCAACCAUAAAUGAUAAACGAAAGCCAGUAGAUGACAGCUAUGCGGGCAUGCCAGCACCAAGAUUGGUGUCUCUAAAAGGAUCAGACUUUACAGGCUUGGGAAUUGAAGUGUAUGGAGGUUUAAAAGAUGGAAUAUUUGUUAAGAAAAUUGCACCUCAAGGACCAGCAUCUGGACAUAUUAAUAUUGGUGAUCGCAUAACAAGUUUGACAAUUGACUUUCGGCACAUUGUGCAGGAGGAUGCAAUGACUUUAUUAAGCUAUGCAUCGCCAUACAAUGUUCAAUUGGAAUUGAUAAAUGGCAACAAUAAAUUAAGGUCAUCGGGAUCAUCAACAGCUGAAACAGCAAGUCCAAAGCCUGGUCGACAAUCUCCACUUGUACAUCCAUUAGUCAGAUCGAGCAGUCAAUCAGAUUUAAAUACGAUUGAAAGAAAUUCCCGAAAACAGCUUGGAAGCAAUGACGACAAAGAUUAUCCAACACUUAAAAUGGAUAAGAAUGAUGAGGCUGCAGCUGCGGCAUCAUCGGCAAUGGCAGAAUCACAUGGUGAAAAUGAAAAGAAGAGUCCAUCAUUAUAUCAGCAAUUUAAGACACGAAUCGCUAAAAUAGAGGAGAAAUUUCAGACGAGAUCGCAUGACAAAAAUAAAAUGCAUCAAGAGACAAUGAAUAUGGAAGAAGGAAAGAGUAAUGACAACAUGAUGAAAACAAAAGAAGACGAAGAAGUAAUUGCAGUUGAUGCACAGGAACCUGAUCAGACAAAGAAGGGAUUGAAAUUUGGUAUUCGAGUGCUGCCAGCAACAAUGAAUGAGAAAUUAUUUGGACGAUCCAAAAGUAAGUCACCAAGUCCACCGGCACAAAUGGAGAAUGAGACGGAGAAAUCGAGUGACGUAAAAAUUGAUGUUGAUCAAAUUGAUGGCAAUAAUAAAAUGACGACGGAGGUUACGAUUGAAUGUGAAAAUUUUAACAGACAAGGAAGCGUCACAUCAAGCGUAAAAAGAGAUGCAAAUGGAAUACCACAAGAAUUACCAACAUUUAUGAUGAAUGCAGCAAAUGCAGCUCGAGAAGGUCGCAAGUCAUCAGCAGCAUAUAUUGAUGCUGAAAUGAGGAAAUCUAAAGGCAAAGCACCACGACCACCAAUGGUUUCAGUUGAUCUUAAUGAAAGCACACAGACAAUGGACACAAAUUUGACAGUAUCAGUCGCAGACAUAUCUACAGAAUCAAUUAAUAAUAUGACGGCAAAUAACAUGAAUAAUGUCAAUAUGGAAAUUGAAGAUGAACUCGAUAGAAUUACGGAGAAGUAUUUGAAUCAAAGUAAAGACAAAAUGAAUUUCUCUGAUAAUUUCGCAAACUUAAGCAUGCUUAACAAUACUGAUGGGAGUGUUACAUUGUUUGACAAAAUUGAAGAAUUAAAAGAUGACAUUGAUGAUGCUAUAUUGCGUCGUGAAGAACCAAGCAAUAGUUCGACGCCUAAAUGCGAUAGAAAAGAGCUAAAUAAAGACUUUACCUUGAAUUCGUCAGAUCUUGAUUUAUCGAAUUAUGGAAAUGGAAUGGAAGUGCUUAAUACAAGCGAUAUCACGGUACAUCAAUCUAAUAAUGUUGAGGAUGACGUACAAAACGAUGAAACACGACGAGCUGCAAGUUUAGGUGAUUUAUCAUUAAGGAAGAAAUCUCUGACCGAAAAAGACUGCAAUAAUAGCAGUACAUUAGAGCGAGCACAAAGUUUAGAUAUUACCGAUAACAAUAAUUUGAUUCCUAAACAAUCAUUGGUAUUAGGACUAUCGAAACCAACAGCUGAUUUGACUGUCAUUAAUGGAGAAUCAGAUCCAACAAUGUAUACAAUGACAAAAGAUGAUAAGGAUGAUGAUCAAGAAGUAAUUAAUGAAAAUGGCACAAAUAAGACAGAUCAAACGAAAAUGAGCACAUAUGUGUCAGACACAAAUAUUCCAGAUGAUAUAAAAGUCACACGUUAUCCAAUAACCAUUGGAACAAUGGAGCGAGAACCCAAAUCAGACGUUUUGAAGAAAAUCCUUGGUAAUCAACCAACAAUCGUUGCCGCCAACAUACAAAAAAUGAAUGAAAUGGAAAUUACUGCACCCUCAAUUACUUUAAAUAAUCAUGUUGCAACAUCUGAAAAUGUGCCAAUGACAUGCAAUAAUAUUAGCAAUUCAACUGUCGUUACCAUUGAAAGUAAUUCACGAAUUAAAGAUCCCGCUAUGGAUGAAUUGUCUGUUGACACAUUGGAGCAACAACCUGUAAGCCUUACACUUGUUAAUAAUACAAUUGAUAUAAAUACAGCAACUGAUCCCAAUCACAUGUCACCAAUCUUUUCGAGUGAUUUUAAUGGCGUCAAUAGCAUUAAGAUCUCAUCUGUUGAGGUGAAACCCAUGACGACCACAUCCACUAUCAUCAAAAAUGAUGGAUUUUAUGUAAAAGAAAAUGUAGUUACGAUUUCCACAGACUCUCAACCAUCGUCGAUUCAAUUUAUUGAUGAUGUUAAAUUAGAUUUUAACAUGCAAGUCUUGGAUGAUUUCGAGAAAGAAGAUAAGAUGAUGAAAGAUGAUUUUAAACCGAAGAUUAUUGAGGCAGAAAUCAAAGAGAAACUGAAUGGAAUUCAUACAGACAUUGAUGCCGAAAUAAAUAAUAACAACGUAUCCAAAACAACAAUUAGUCAUGAAGGUGCUAAUAAUCAACACCAAAUGAGCAAAUUCCUCACAGAAAUUGUUUUUAAAGGUGCUAGUGUUAACGCUGAUGAUUCAGCUAUUGAGGACAUGGCAACAUCAGAAGAAACAGCAACCCUUACUUCAUCUACAAUGUCAAAUGCAUCUUCAGAGUCUUCGUCUACAUCACCACAAAUUUUAACAUCCACAAAAAUGAUGACCUUAACAAAUGAUCCAUUAUCAACAGCUAACUUCCUCAAAAACGAACGAAAGCACAUAGAGAAGAACUUUAUCCCACAAAGUACUGAAAUCAAGUUUACAACAACUGUCUACGAGAAUUCAACAAAUAUGAAUGGAAAUCAUCGAGAACCACCAGUCAAGAGAAUAUCACAAAUUGAACAAAUAAGACAGAACUUUGAAAAGUCAUCACAGGAAGGAACAGCACCGAUUCCAGUUGCUCGACGAUCCUCAGCUCCAUUAAACACACCGAAAACACCGUCCAAAAUACCAGUAUUUAGUAAGAAGUCAUCACCGACCAGUCGAACAAGUAGCAAUAAGAUGAAUACGAGCAGUAGUUCCGAUAGUGUUGGUUAAUCUGUACAUUAGAUGUGAACUAAUGCAAAUUUAUAUAUAUUUUUACAUAAAUUAUGUUAAACGUAAUAUCCUUAAUAAUAUUAAUUGAAUCAAUUAUCUGUCUGCUAUCUUCUAAUUCAGAGACAUUUUUAAGUUAAAAAAAAAAAUAUUAUAAUUAUUAUUUGUUGCAAUUUGUUAUUACUUAUUACUUCUUUUACCUUAAAACAUAAGGCCCUACAUAAAGUUAUGUAUCAACAACAUGUAAUGCACAGCAAGAGAAAAGAAACGAAAAGAGUUUGAGUCAGAUUUUUUAAAAAAUGGAAAGCCAUAAUUCUGUAUUUUUCAGAUAAUGUAGUUUAACUUUAUACGUUAAUCAAGAGAAAAAAAAAUUAUUAAUAAAUGUUAAAUUUAUAUUUUUUUUACUUAUCUAAACGGAGUUCUUGGUAUGCUUUAUCUAAUAUCCUUUUUGCCCAUUCAUCAUAAGUCUCUUCUGCAGUCUCAGAUCUUUUUGACUUGAUUGUUUCUGGGACAUCUUCAAUACUUUCAGGUAUAUUCUCUUUUACAGCCUUAGCUUCCUUUUUACUGCUGCCUUUAGCCUUAUUAAAAUUGCUAGUCCAUUUUUCCCAUGACUUUUCCAUUAUACCCCAUUGACUGUGAGUUAGAUUACUUAAAUUAAGGACAUUCUUUUUGAGGACUUUAACAUUUUCGUAUUUGCAUGCAAAAUAGACGCUCAUAACGAAUACUGCUGGAUUAAUAUCCUGAUCUUCGUAAGUUUGCUGCUUCAUAUAAUCUUUAAAUAUCUCUUUUGAUAACUUCUCGAUAUUAUUUGUAUGAGUUAUGCCUAAUUUCCUGAUCACUUCAUCUAUUGUCAGCUUUUUAUCGAGAUCCAGUACUUUCAAUAAGAUCUUCUUGUUCUUUGUGUAAAUUGAUUUUUUAAGGCAUGAUUGCUGUAUUGCUAAGCUUGUUUCUGCGAAUGGAUAAUUGAGUAAUUCACAGCUGAUAUCAAGGCAUAGAAUAACUUUCGCAUUAUCAUUCAUGUGCUUUAAUAUCUCAUUAGAUUUAGCUUUAAUUAACUCGAUAAUUUCAAUCGCUUUACUGCAAGUUGA